UGCUGUGGACAAUAAAAUCACUAAGCCCUAUUUGUUUUGAAAACUAAACCAAUCCCUACCUUCUUCUCCCCCAUCUCUCUCUGUGCUACCCCUGUUUUUCUCUUCAAUUCCUCUAUGUACAGUACUUCCAAUCCCAACCCAAACUGGAAAAUUGUCUCAGGAAACCAGAUGAAGCAUACUCCUAACAUGAAAUCUGCAACCCAAUUGCCUCUUCAAAUCAAGCUUCUCAUCAUGGGAUUCUUCUUUGCUUUCCUCCUCCUGAUGUUCAGAUCACGCUUCUCACCUUCCCAGAACUACAAAUCAUCUCCCAUGGCAGAAAUCAAAUCAACAGAAACAGUUAACAGGAUUCCACAGUCAUUAGUCCAAGCUCUGAUCCACUACUCAACAUCAAACACCACCCCACAACAAACAUCCAAAGAGAUAUCAGUCUCAGCUAGAGUCCUAGACAAGAAGUCCCCUUGCAACUUCCUAGUAUUUGGCCUUGGCCAUGACAGCCUCCUCUGGAGUUCAUUGAAUUAUGGUGGCCGAACUGUUUUUCUCGAUGAAGAUGAGUCAUGGAUCAAGCUAAUCAAACAGGAGUUUCCAAAUUUAGAAGCCUAUCAUGUUGUGUAUGAAACCAAAGUGAGAAAUGCAGAGAACCUCUUGAGGAUUGGUAAGGAAAAUGAUUGUACAGUUGUGAGUGAUGCAGAGAAUUCUAAGUGUCAGCUUAUGUUGAAGGAAUUGCCAAGUUUGGUCUAUAAAGUAGACUGGGAUUUGAUAAUGGUGGAUGCGCCAACGGGCUUUCAUGACGAUGCACCAGGGAGAAUGGGAGCUAUCUAUACUGCUGGAAUGAUGGCUAGGAAUAGGAAGGAAGGAGAGACUGAUGUUUUUGUCCAUGAUGUGAACAGGGAUGUGGAGGAUAUGUUCUCCAAGGUCUUUUUGUGUGAAGGGUACAUGAAGGAGCAAGAAGGUCUCCUUAGGUACUUCACAAUUCCUAGUCACAGAGCCAACUCUGGCAGGCCAUUUUGCCCUUCCACCUAAAGAAGAUGUUACAGAAAGGAUUGAUUUGUUUGCUUAUGUUGAAAACAGAAUGAUUUGUGUAUUGUAUUUAAUCUGAAUCAAACUCCGGCGGCGACGACAGAUUCAAAUUCAGUUUCUUGGGGAUGAAGAAUGCAAUUGGUAUAUGUUUCAUCUUGUGAUCAAGUGAUCUGGGUUCCAAAGUUUUUGGGGCUAGAGCUUAGUAGGAUGGAUGAGAAUCAAUUUACAAUUUGAAUUCUGCUGUUUAUCUGUUUCUUUAUUUCUCUAUUUCUCUAUUUCUCUGCUUCCUUAACCUUUUCAAUUGAUCAUAAUGUGAGUUUUUCAUCUCUCCUUUCAAUGGUGGAAACAGAAUUAUUUUAGCCAAUGUAUAAGCAUAAAAGGAAUAAUGUGAUUCAAGAGAAGAUGUGUUACUAUC